AAAACGUGAUUCCAUUUCUUUGUGCCUCGUUUGGUCACACUCCAUGGUAGCAGUAAUUUGCCCACCAGCAGUGAAGCUCUCCAUACCAAUUAAUGGCGUUUCGAUCUUUCCAAUUUCUCGUGUGUGCUGCCAAACCCAACCACCCUUUUUCCUCCAUUCUCCGGUCCCUCCCCUCUUCCCUAUUCUCAUCUUUCCACGCUCCUCCAACCUCGUCUCACCACCCACAACCACAACCCUUCCACAAUCAAACAGGCCUCAAUUCCACCCUUGACGAACGCCUCGUCCUCGACCAAAUCACUCAGCUUUUAUCGCUACCCAGUUACAAAUCAGAGAAUCCCCCGUCGAAACACUGCGAAUCAGAGCCUGAAGCGAUACCCGUUGACGGGUUCUUGUCUCCAGAAGAGAAACUUCGUGGCGUUUUUCUUCAGAAGCUCAAGGGUAAAGCCGCAAUUGAACUAGCCUUGUCCAACGUUGGUGCUGAUGUGGACGUUAAUGUUCUUGCUAGGGUACUGAACUCGGGGAAUUUGGGUGGUGAGGCCAUGGUUACGUUUUUUAAGUGGGCAAUUAAACAACCAAAGGUUCCUAAGGAUGUUGGUAGUUACCAUGUGAUUGUUAAGGCACUAGGAAGAAGGAAGUUUUUUGUGUUUAUGAUGAGUGUGUUAUGUGACAUGAGAUUAAAUGGCAUUGAAGGUGAUUUGUUCGUGUUAUCUAUUGUUAUUGAUAGUUUUGUUAGGGCUGGUCACGUGUCUAGGGCAAUUCAGGUGUUUGGAAAUUUGGAUGAUCUUGGUGUAAAGCGCGAUACCGAGACGUUGAAUGUGCUUUUGUCAUGCCUCUGUCGUCGGUCUCAUGUGGGUGCUGCAAAUUCUGUUUUUAAUUCAAUGAAAGGGAAGGUGCCUUUUAAUGUUGGUACAUAUAAUGUUGUUGCGGGUGGUUGGUGUAAGUUUGGAAGAGUGGAUGAGAUUGAGAGAAUUAUAAAGGAAAUGGAGGAUGAUGGAUUUUGUCCUGAUUGCAGGACGUUUGGUUUUCUUAUUGAGGGCUUGGGAAGAGCUGGUAGAAUGGAUGAGGCUGUUGAGGCUUUUUGUAAUAUGAAGGAGAAAAAUUGCCAGCCAGAUGUUGCUACUUAUAAUGCGAUGAUUUUCAAUUUUGUUUCGGUUGGAGAUUUUGAGGAGUGUAUGAAGUAUUAUAAUGGGAUGUUGAGUGAUAAUUGUGAACCUAAUCUUGAUACGUAUACUAGAAUAAUUACUGCCUUUCUCAGAACCAGGAAAGUGGCGGAUGCACUCCAGAUGUUUGAUGAGAUGUUAAGGCACGGUGUUGUGCCUUCUACUGGGACGAUAACCUCCUUUAUCAAACGAUUGUGUAGCUACGGUCCGCCGUAUGCUGCUUUGAUGAUACACAAGAAGGCAAGAAAAUUAGGCUGUACGAUAUCAAUGGAAGCUUAUAAGAUACUGCUUAUGCGGCUUUCAAAAGUUGGAAAAUGUGGAACGUUGUUAAAUAUCUGGCAGGAGAUGCAAGAAUGUGGGUAUAGUUCAGAUGUUGAAGUCUAUGAGUUCAUCAUCAGUGGUCUUUGCAACGUAGGACAACUCGAAAAUGCUGUUCUUGUUAUGGAGGAGUCUUUGCACAAAGGGUUCUGCCCAAGCAGGCUAGUGUAUAGUAAACUAAGUAACAAGCUGCUUGCUUCAAACAAAACAGACAGGGCUUACAAGCUGUUUUUGAAGAUCAAACAUGCCCGUUCCCUUGAAAAUGCAAGAAAAUAUUGGCGUGCAAAUGGUUGGCACUUUUAAAUGGUCAUGCUAAUUGGCAGCUCUUACAGUGAAUCCUCUUGUUUGCUUUUCACAGGUCUUUGGACCCAUUUGGAUACAGCUCAUAAGAGCUUCUCUACUAGAUUAAGUGCAUUAAUUAAUCAAAAAUAGUAUUCGGAUAAAAUUAUAAAUCUGUUUAUAGCUUUUGAAGAGGCUCCAAAAGAGCUUAUUUUGAAGCUAAUUUCCAAGUGCCUCUCUCUUUUCAGCUUUUUGGGAGGUUGUUAAAAAUUAUUUGGACAAAAGCACCCUUAUCGAAUUUUGAAAUUUCAACUCAUGUCCAUUCUCACUACAAAUGGAAUCUGGUGACCAAAGGACACAAGAGAGUGGCUCUUCUUGAAUCCAUAUAUGCUAUUGUCGGUUUGACGAACACAUCACCAUUGUCAUUUGCCACUGUCAUAGCAUUUCUCUGCCAUUUCCUCAAGUCUCUAUCAGGUUUUUGAAAAAUUUCAAAGUAGCGGCCAAGAUGCAUGCAAAAAGCCACGAUUUCCACUGCUAUAGCAAUAUGGCCACGACACCAAAAUGCAGUGUGACGAGCUUGAAAUAGCAGCCGGCCAGUGAUGCAAAGCUGACACUGUUAUAGCGGUGCUAUCAUAUUUGUUGUCAUUUUCUUUGAGGAUAGACUUGAUGCGGCUUCCAUUUUGAAAGGAACAUAGCAAAUUAAUAGUUAACUUUGAGUUCCUGAGUUCAGGUUCAUUUCCAAAGUACCUUCAAUACAUGAGGUAAUAUAAUCUUUUUUUUUUUUUUUCGGUUAAUAAGAGUCUAUUCAUAUAUGGUCUGAAUCUGUUUACAUCUAUUUGAAGUGGGUUUUAUUUAGCAUGCCCCAGCAAAUUUUUGUUUGUAUCAUAGGUACACUGGAACUUGUGUGAACCCUACUGAAAAGGGGAGGUAAACAAAAAGUAAGUGAUAUACAAGAUUUGGUGAUAGUAUCUUAUGCCCCCUUAAAGUAACUUAAUCUGAUGAUGAUUAGGUUGUACAUUUAUAACAAUAUGCUUUGGUGCAGUCAAGGGAAAAUUCAGGGUCCCUAAUAAUGUUUGCAGUAUUGAUAGAUUGCAAUGAUUUGUGUCUUUUCCUUUUUACUGUUUCUGUUUCUCUCUGUAGAUUGCAAGCUUUGUCCGGAGUAAUCUCUCUUUUUCCUGUUUGCAGCAUAGACAGAUCUAAGGAAUAUAUUUGAAAACUAAGGACCGAGCAGAGGACCCCAGAAAUGUUAUAGUAGGCAGUUGUCAUAUCUCUCACUCAUUAAAUAUUCUACUAAAAUCAAUAUUUUCCUUCAAAUUGGACUUGCCAACUGAACCUGCAGUUUCAUUUGUUUUAUUUUGGUAAUGCCCCCAACUGAAUCUGCAGUUUCGUUUGAUGAAUCUGAUGACACAGUGUGUCUCUUCAUGUGCACAUUUUUGUCAUUUGUAGUUAUGUCUUGAACAAGUGAUAGUGUUGUAGCAUGCUGACCAAACCGUUAGUCCUAGGCAAUACCCCAGAUUUGUUAAGUGUAGAAGCAUCAUCCUUUGAGAAACUGUUUUUCGUAAGUGUAUGCUUGAUAGUGAUUCAUUUGAGGAUACAGUCCAUUCCAUUCGAUUUGUAAAUAUAUUAGAAAAUACAGAAGAGGGAAUUCUAUGUAGGUCACGCAAAGGAGAACUGAAUUUUUCAUUUACUUGCUAAUUCUAACCACACUUCGAGCAUUUUUAAAAUUAAAACGGAGGAAAACUAUUACUAAACACUUCAAGACAUCUCUUUUGUGCAUGCUUUAAGCUUUGGUAGAAUAUCUACCAUAUACCAAGAUACCAACUAUAAAGUUUUUAAAUAACCAAGGUAUCAAUUUUCUCAUUUUCUAUGGUUAUCAAUUUCAUUCUUGCUAGUUUGUUAGUUCUGAAAGUAUUUUAUUACGUUACUAAUGGGAAUUCAAAGAUUUCCAUUUAAUAGAAUGAAGGGUCACAAAACAUGUAAGCAUUUCUUUUCACUGUACUAAUGGUUAUUUGGUUCUAUAUAGGAAUUUUAAUAUGUUGGUGAUAUUUUAUUUUGAUUUCAUUUAUAGUUUUCAAGUGUAAACUUAAUUGGAUGUUUAUUAUGUUUUGGUUUGUUAUUAAUCGUGUGAUGGAAAAUUGAUUUUAAAUAUCAUAUUGUAAUUCAUUGUGUCUAAAAAUAUUAUAUUAUCAAUAUGACGUGUUGGUAAUAUUUAUUUUAAGGAAUGGGAAUAAUAUCAUCAGUAAUAAUAUAUUUUAGUAAUAAUUUACCAAUUAUGUAAAUUAUUAAUUAAAAAUAUAUAUUAAAAAUAGUUUUUUAAAAUAAUUUUUCAUAAUAGAAUUUAUAAGUUAAAAAUAAUUUGUUGUGGCAAUAAAUAAUGUUGUCAUUACUUUUAGAAUAAGAAAUUAAUAAAUUAUCAAUAUUUGUGAUGAUACAUUGUUAUUGAUAUUUAUCCAUAUUAGUGAUUUUAAUUUUUAUCAUAAGACAUGGUUUCUUUUAGUGAUUAUAAAUAUUGUCAGAAAAUUAUCUUAAUGACAAAUUUGAAAGCUUUUAAUGACAAAUAUUAAAGUCAUAAAUGUUGAAAUUUCUUGUAGUGGUUACGAAUAACUCCGAAGACUGAAUUUUAUUUAAGUUACAUAAUUUCCAUCUCAAUAUAUCCCAUCUUGUAGGUGAACCUACAAGGAAUUCAGCUAUUGUAAUUGAUGCCACUAUAAAAUGUGUAAAUAAUUAUAGCUUAUUUAAUGAAAAAAAUAUUAACGAUAAAUAAGUUUUGCUAUUAAAAAUUUACUUGUCAAAGGGGUGUGUGUGAAUAAAAUGAUCGAAAAAUAAGGGAUCCUUGGCUUCAAUUAUCUUGGCUUGGCUGAUUACGUAUUUUAAUAACAACUGAAAAAAAGGAAAAAAGAUAGAAAGAGGAAUGUGAAUUCUCUACUUAAGAAUCAGAAAUGAGAAUGAACACGUUGAUGUCUUGUAGGUUUAGAAUUUCCACAUGAAUGUGAUAAACAAUAAAACACGUCGUCAAUAAGGCGAACUCAUGACGCAAUUUUAAUUUUGCUUGUCUUGAUUUCCCGAGAAUUGGUUGAUACUAUGGUUUCCUAUUUCAAAAAACAGGAAAAAGAAAACUACUCCAGUUACCAUUUCCAACAAUGUUACUCAAAGCUUUCAGAGCAGAAAAAGAAAAU